AUGGAGGCAAUGGACGGCAAGAAUCUGGAUGGACAGACGCUGACUGUGAGCAAAGCUGGGCCCAAACCAACAUAUCGACCUACGACGGAUCCCAACGAGAACUUCAAAAAGGCCAUGUUGACUCUGCAAGUUGUCACCGGCGAGCUUUCUGCUCCUGUCAACGACUUGUCUGAGGUUCUCAUGACGACGCAAACUGAGCGUGAGAAUGUGCGAUAUCGCAAAGAUGUGGAGAAGGACAUUGCCUUCUUCUGCCUGCUUGCGGUGCAGGCAGCCGAGAAGCUGCCCUCGACACAGCCAGUCUCGAAGUCCGCCGAGACGAAAAAAGAGAAGCCGAGAGAGAAGCUUACGCCCGUCACGGCGAAAAGGGUCGCAGUCGCAGUGGCUCUCCACGUCGGAGAGCUUAGACAUGCCAUGACAUGCCCAGACUGCACUUGGCAGAGCUAA